GCAUGGCAUAAAAAACCGAGAGAGGGGGCGCAUCAUCAUCAUCUUGGAUGAGCCUAUUAAUGACCGUGUGUGACUGGGAGACUGUGAACGAAUUGACAUUCAAAUAAUCAUGGCCGACAAAGGGGACAAACCAGCAUUCCCAAAUGCCGAGUCCAGAAAGCAGUGUUGGGCUGCAAGGGACAACCUCUUCAAGUGUUUGGAUAACAACGGUAAUGACAUGUCAAAAUGCACAGAGACAAGACAGGCAUUUGAUGAGCACUGUUCAAAGACGUGGGUGAAGUAUUUCCUUAGGAGAAGGGACUUCUUAAAAUAUAAAGAGACUGUUGACAAGGACGGAUUUGUUCCAGGAGAGGGAGAAGAGAAGACAUAACAACUUAAUAAAACAAAAUGAACAAUGAACAGAAGAUGUAACAAUAGAAAAGAAAGAUAUGAAAGAACAAUAGUGGUUUCUUUAAAUGAACAAUUUAGAGAUCAGAAGAUGCUACAAUAGAAAAGAACAGUAGUUGGUUUCUUCAAAUCAACAAUGGAGAGACGGUGUAACAAUAGAAAAGAACAACAGUUUUGUUCUUCGUUUCUCAUGUGUCACUGCAGGAGUGCCAGAAAUAAGUCAGGAGGAUUGUGUGCCUUCUAGGAGACCUUGAUACACAGGGGUGUCCUCACUCAGUUACAUCUAUGCAACAAAGUCUUAGUUUUCAAAACAAUUAUUGAUCAAAUAUUGUCAAAGAAUAGUAUCUUCACUUUGUGUAUCCCAAAAGUGUGCAUUA